GGUAGCUUGGUGCAUCGUGCGAACACUGCCUGAGAGCGGUAAAAUGUAGAGAGCUGGAUGAUAAUUGCAGAGUAUCUGUAAGGAGAGAGACAAAACGAGUUUUACACAGAUAGAAUGGCCAAUCUUCACCCCCCUGUACCAUCCUCCUGUGACUGCUUCGUCUCACUUCCCCCAGCCUCUUCUGUCAGAGAGGUCAUUUUUGGCAAGAAUUCAGACCGGCCAAAAGAUGAAGUUCAGGAGGUUGUCUAUUUUCCAGCUGGAUGUCAUGCCAAAGGGACAAAGGUUCAGUGUACAUAUAUCGAAGUGGAUCAGGUAGAAAAGACACAUGCAGUGAUCCUGAGUCGGCCUGCGUGGCUGUGGGGAGCUGAAAUGGGUGCCAACGAACAUGGCGUCUGCAUUGGCAAUGAAGGCGUGUGGAGUCGAGAACCAGUUGGGGAGGAGGAAGCCUUGCUGGGCAUGGAUUUGGUCAGACUGGGUCUGGAGAGGGGUAGAAGUGCUGGUGAAGCAGUCCGAGUCAUAACAGCCCUUCUGGAGAGUUAUGGUCAAGGGGGCAGCUGCAAGGAGGCACCAACUCCUUUUGUCUACCAUAACACCUUCCUCCUGGCAGACCGUACCGAAGCCUGGGUGUUGGAAACAGCUGGGCGGUUUUGGGUGGCUCAGAGGAUCCAAGAAGGUGCCCGGAACAUUUCCAACCAGCUAACUAUUGGUACUGACAUUACCAGUGAACAUAUGAGUCUAAGACAACAUGCUCAAAAGCAAGGAUGGUGGAAUGGUCAAGGAGAGUUCAAUUUCACAGAAGUGUUUUCGCUCAUCCAUCAGCCCAUCCGCAUGGAGGCAGCCAAAGCUCGGUAUUCUGCUGGCCAGCAGCUGCUGCACCAACACUCAGGGCAUAUUACUGCUGAGACAAUGAUGACCAUCUUAAGUGACAAAGCCAGUGGGAUCUGUGUUGAUUCUGAAGGUUUCUGCACCACAGGAAGUAUGGUGUCCAUCCUUCCUCAAGAUCCCCUUCUACCUUGCAUCCAUUUUUUCACUGCCACCCCGGACCCUUCUAGGUCUAUCUUCAAACCGUUUAUCUUUGUUCCCAAUGUUACUUCCUUCCCUCAGGUGAAAUCACCAAGGUUUGGUGAAAAAGACCCCAUUAGGGAGACUCCAAGAUUUCAAAGCCGAGUGGACCGUCGGCAUGAACUCUACAAGCAACAUCAGUUAGCCUUGGAAGCUGUGGAUUGUAAUCAGCAGGAACAUCAGAGACUGCAGGAGGCUAUGAGAAAAUUUCAGCAGCAAGUUCUGGAGAGUGUGGGAAACAUGUUGACAGACUCCAUCACUGUGAAACCCCAGGAACUGGCUGGCCUCUUUUGCAAUUCUGUGGAUGCAGAACUCAAACUGUAUAGAUGAUGGAGGCUUAAUGGGCAGGUGGGUUGGGGCUUAAUCCUUGUGUUACUGACAGAUUGUCUGAAUCUUCCCUUCUUAGGGUACACCUACAUAAUGAUUCUGAGCCAGUUUAAAAGUAGAGCCAGAUCUCUGGGUCUCACAUCAGCAGUACUGAAGAGCGGAAUUUAUUUUCUCAGUUGCCGUAUAGAUGAAACUGGAGCAAAGCUAGCGUUUGUUUUGUGUUUUUUGAGUUUGUUUCUUCACUGAAAGGAACAUUAAUUUUUUGAAGGCUCCCUGCUCUUGAGCUUUAGGUCCUCUAAAGGAACUAUUAGUUUGAUUGAUUUGCACUUAUCUGAUCAGUAGCUCAGAGAAAAAUUAGCAGUGAUGAAACUGAUAGGCGUUCUGUCAUUUUCUAUCUUCUCUCUUGAGCGAAGUGCAAAUGUCAAGGUAUUUCCUUCCCUCCCUCCCUCCCUCCAUCAGGGGACUUCUUUUGGUACAUGUCCUGCAGGAGCUAGAGGUGAGGCAUUGACUUCUGUUCCUAAUUCUCAGCAUUUCAAGUCAGCUUACGGUUUACCCCUAACUCAAGAUAAUCCAUUUGUAAGCAAAUUAAAAAGCACCAACCCCAACACAGAUCCUAGAGGAACUCCACUGCCCAUUUAUUCCUACUUAUUUCUGUCUUUUUAGUUUGCAAUCCGUAAAAGGGCAGGUCCUCUUAUCCCAGGUCUGCUAAAUUUACUCAGCCUUUCAUAAGUGCUGCUGAAACUGUCAACUCUAGAAGGUUGGUGAAGGAUUUACCUUUGUGGAAUCUCUGCAGAUUUUCCUUCAGCAAGAUUUUUUCCACUGUGUCAGAUGUAUUUAUUGCUUAGUUAUUUUUCUUUAAUUACCAUCUCUACCAGUUUGCCUAGAACAGAUGUUAUGUGACAAACUCAUAACUUAUGGGAUCUCCCCUGGGUCCCCUUUAAAAACUGGUGUCACAUUUGGUUACCUUCCUGUCCUUUUUUCUCAGUAGAAGUGUGUCCUGCAAGUUACUGUGCAGACUACCCAUUUUUCUAGUUUUCUGACCAGCAAUCAUAUUUCCCUGUCUGCCCCAACAACUCAUAAUUUCUUGUUUAUUUAAAAAAUGGACAAUACUUGUCAAAUGAAAGAAGUAUAUUUGUUUGAUAAAAUAAAGAACUGCUUAAUUAAAAGAACACUCCAAUAAA